AAAAUUCCUAAAUCUGAUGAAGCAAACAAAGCUCGAUCUCCCAUUUUUGUUGGUAGGUUUCUCAUUUGUUUACCUUUAUUCAGAUCUAAAUCUCGCCGCCGAUUAACGAUGAUGAGCAGAAGAGCUGCUGUUUCUGCAAUAAAUCUCAUUCAUGGAAGAGGAUUUCUCAAUCGGUGGUCGCAUAAAUCGGGUAUUCUUUCUCCUAUGUUCUCUCUCUUCUCUUCCGAGGCUUUUCAACCUAAGCAGCCCACAAUUGAUUUCAGUUGUGCUAAAGAAGUAGACGAUGUUAUUGAAUUGUUUCAAAAAAUAAAGAUUAUGCGGCCGGAGCCUUCUGUUCGCCUCUACAGCAAACUCAUGAGUGUUAGUGUAAAGAUUGAGCAGUAUUAUUUUGCCCUUCAUGUGUUCGAUGAAAUGCUUAGGAUGGGUGUUCCCGUUUGUGAUUACACAAUGAAUAUUGCUGUCAACUGUUGUUGUCUCUUGAAAGAUAUGUACUCUGCUUUUGCUGUAAUGGGAUUCUUUCUCAAGAGAGGUUACGAACCAGACGUCACGACUUUCAGCACUCUCAUAAAAGGGUUAUUCUUAGUUAAUAAGGAGGCUGAAGCCGUGAAAUUGUUCGAAAAGAUUCUGGAUUUAAAACUUUGCGAGCCAAAUCGUAUUACGAUUCUGCAACUGAUUGAUGGGCUGUGCAAAGCUGGACAGGCCAUUGAAGCCCAAGAUUGGCUUCAUAGAUUAGAAAGUAGUGGGUGGAGUCCCGACGUUUACACUUAUAGUGCACUAAUUGAUGGAUUUUGCAAGGGUGGAAUGGUGGACAAUGCCUUCGAGGUUCUAUCCAAAAUGGUUGGGAAGGGUAUUUUACCUAACGUUGUCACUUAUAAUUCCAUGAUUAAUGCAUAUUGUAAGGAAGAAAAGAUGGAAUCGGCUGAGAAUAUGUUGGAAAUCAUGACGCAACAAAAUAUUUAUCCCACUGUCUCUACUUAUUCUUCGCUUAUUGCAGGGCUCUGCCUUAAGGGCGAAAUCGAAAGUGCGAAACAGUUACUUGAUUCCAUGGUAGAGAGGGGCCUUACACCCGAUAUUGUUAACUAUAACACCUUGCUAAAUGGAUAUUGCAAGAAAGGAAGCUUGGGUGAAGCUUGGCUUAUUUUUCUUGAAAUUCGCGAUAAAGGUCUCGAGCAUAAUGUGCGGACUUAUAAUACAUUAUUGGAUGGGUUAUCGAAGCGUGGGAUGGUUGAUGAAGCUCUGCUUCUGCUGUCCGAGAUGAUGGAGAAGGGCAUCGCGCCUAGUGUUGUCACGUGCAACAUAUUGAUAGAUCAAUAUUGCUCGCAGGGCGAGAUGGUUAGAGCCAGAGAGCUCUUCGCUUCAAUGGAAAGGACGGGGAUCAACCACAGUAUAGUCACCUAUAAUAUCUUGAUUAAGGGAUACUGCAAGACGGGAAACCUUGAUGAAGCUUUGCAUUUCUUUGAUGAAAUCUCGCGUGUAGGUCUCAAACACUCAACCGUAUCAUACAACAUGAUGAUGCAUGGGCUAAUACGCCAAAGUAGUUUUUCAGAUGGGUGGAAGCUUUUCCAAGAUAUGGAAGCUCAGAAUCUACAUCCGGAUGUCUACACCUACAACAUCUUGUUGGAUGGCUUGUGUCGGAUAAGUCGGAUCAAUGAGGCAUUUGCGUUUUUGACGGUGAUGGAGGCAGAAGGCGUGAAACCUGAUAUUGUAACGUAUAGUGUUCUGAUCAACGGCUUGUGCAAGGGCGGAAGACUCAAUGAUGCUACGAGGCUCUUCAACCAUCUCCCUUCCAAGGGCUUAAAUCCUAGCGCAUAUACCUACAACAUGAUGAUCGACUCCCUCUACCAUGAAAGGCGUGAAGCGCAGGCAAGGAGGUUGAUGGUGGAGAUGGAAAGGAGCGGCUGCGUGCCUGAUGGCGUGACGUACAACAUUAUUGUGUGCCAUCUGGUGAAGAGCAAAAAGGUGCAUGAGGCAAUGCCUUUCUUGGAGGAGAUGUGCAGGAGAGGACUUGAGGUUAAUUCAGAAAUCAUUUCUGCAUUGCUUCAGGAACUUAGAAUAGGAGAAGGUAAAGAUGAGAAAUUGCAAGAGAUUCUUAAGAAAGUUUGUGCUCAAAAUCGACAAGUGAAUGUUCUAUUUUGAGGUAUGAAUACUUGAGAUUUUUACUCCGGUUCAGUUGUCAAGAAGUGACUCAUAGAAUGCUAAACGUGAUAUAACUCAGAAUGGAGUUCCACCGUCGUGUGGUCUUGCGGCGCAGUGUCUUGUGCUGGUAUGGAUCCAUCUGCUUUGAGUUUCUCAUCUUGUUGUUAUUUUGCAAGCAUUUGUGUGUGAUGAAUUCACCCCGUGUUGUCUGAUUUCGCUGUUUUCCAUCAGCCAUUUUUUUCCGCUACUUGGAAGAGUUUAGCCUUUGGAUUUUCACAUUUGCUAGAAUUGUAUUUUAUACGUUCAUACAUUCAACUCUCUGUUCCUCUCUAGAUUCAUCCAUUUUGUUCAUUUUGAAGAGGAUUUUAGUUUCACUUCAAUUUAUUGUAUGUUUUAGCUCGAUACGAACUAGAGGAAGAUAUUUGUUUUUAGACAGUUAGCAGCAUUAUUAGUUUAGAUAAUAUAUUGAUUGAGUUGGAGAUGAUUGUUGUUGUAGGUUGAACUUGAAUACUGCUGUGUCAAUGCAGCAAACCAGCAGAAUGGAAAGGUGAUGAAGAGAGUAUUUGUUCAUGGAAAGUUCCAGAAGCCUACCCUUAACUGAAUGCACCUCACUGACAACAAAGAGCAGUUCAAUUGAUAAGGCGUGAGAAGCUUCCUCUCAAACUAUUAAAUUGGGGGGUUCGAGUCACCACGAAGUCCAACUCGGUUGGUAAGACGUAAGGCGCUUCCUCGUAAACCAUUAAAUUGGAAGUUCGAGUCACCGUGAAGGAGAAAACGCAAACCAUUAUUGAUCCUUCUCCCUAAAUGCACCUCGCUUUCUCAUGUUGCUUCAUUGUUGAAUUUUAUUAUUGGAUUUUGAAUAAUUCUUUGUUUACUUUCAUUUGUUUAAGAAUAUCAUAUGCCCAAUCCAUUUUUUUAACCGAUUUUGUAUUUUUAGAUUAUUAGUUAAACUUUUGUUUUGAUA